UAAGAGAGAGAAAUUAGUCCAUGAAAGAGAAGAUUACAAAAGUUGAGUGUCACUACCAGUACCAUUCUUGGUUUUUCAGACAUAUUUUCAUAGUAUAGGGUUUUUACUUGUGGGGUUUUUGAAGUUCAUUUUUGUGAGCUUCUCAACAUGUCUAAAGGCCACAAGUUUUCUGGGUCCAUUCCAUUUUCUUGUACUUAAUGCAGCUUAAAUGCAAAACUAGAAAUAUGAAAAAUUAGUGUAUGUAAGCAAAUCUGAAGUGUCAGUCCGUAAUUACCUUUACUAGAAGAAGAGUUUACGUGCUCUCAAGUGUGAAUCUUUGAAAGGGACUGCUUUCAUUUUUGGAUGAGUUUAUUCCUCAUUUUUUAGAACUUUCAAAGUACCGUUUUCUCUUUGUUUCUGUCAUACAUUGCCUCUCUUCAGCUAAAAUAUUGAUCUUUUGCUAACAAAUGUGCCUUUCUUGAAUCUUGUAGUGACAUUUGGGUACUGGGUAUUGUUUGCUUUUUUGAGCUGAAUUGUAGUGACAUUGAUUUCUUCUUGUGUUUGGAAGCUUCAAUACUGCCUUGCCCUUUUGAGUGUUGGUUCAGUGUGAAGAGUCUUGGUGGUGUUAGAAUGAAGUUAAUUAAGUUCUUGAUGUUUUUUGUUCUUUAUAUUGGCUCUGCCAUGGGGCAGCUUCCUUCACCGGACAUAUUGGCGUUGCUCGAGUUUAAGAAAGGUAUCAAGCAUGAUCCAACAGGGUUUGUACUUGAAUCUUGGAAUGAGGAAUCCAUUGAUUUUAAUGGAUGUCCUUCAUCUUGGAAUGGUAUAAUGUGUAAUGGUGGUAAUGUUGCAGCAGUUGUCCUUGACAACUUGGGAUUAUUUGCUAAUGUAGAUUUGAGUGUAUUUGCUAACCUAACAAUGCUUGUUAAGCUCUCAAUGGCAAACAAUUCAAUUGCUGGGGAAAUGCCUAGUAACAUAGGUAAGUUCAAGAGCCUUGAGUAUCUGGAUCUCUCAGGUAAUCGUUUCACCUCCUCUUUACCGCCGGAGGUUGGAAAGCUAGGGAGCUUAAAGAAUCUAUCGAUAGCUGGUAAUAACUUCUCCGGCCCAAUACCGGACACAAUUUCAGGGCUCAUGUCGGUCCAAUCUUUGGACUUGAGUCACAAUUUGUUUUCUGGGCCAAUACCUUCAUCUUUGAUGAAAUUGACUGGUUUGGUAUACCUUAAUCUAUCUGUUAAUGGAUUCACAAAGAAAAUUCCGAAAGGAUUUGAGUUGAUGGAAAAUCUUGAAGUGCUUGACUUGCACGGGAAUAUGCUUGAUGGCAAUUUGGAUCCAGAAUUGUUGCUGCUUACCACUGCAACUCAUGUUGACUUGAGUGGAAAUUUGCUAGUUAAUUCUGCUUCGCAGCAGCAGAAGUUUCUGCCUGGGAUAUCUGAGACGGUCAAGUAUUUGAAUCUUAGCCAUAAUCAGCUAAGGGGUUCACUUGUAAGUGGCAAUGAAGCUCAGAUAUUUGGGAACUUGAAGGUCCUGGAUUUGAGCUACAAUCAGCUGUCAGGGGAAUUACCUAGUUUCAAUUUUGUUUAUGACCUUCAGGUCCUUAAACUUGGCAACAACUUAUUUUCUGGAUUUAUUCCCAAUGAUCUUUUGAAAGGAGAUGCAUUGGUUAUCACUGAGUUGGAUUUAAGUGGAAACAACCUCACAGGUUCAAUAAUCAUGAUAACAUCGACAACAUUGCGCACCCUUAACUUAUCCUCCAAUGCUCUUUCUGGUGAACUUCCCUUCUUGACAGGAAGUUCUGCGGUGCUUGAUCUCUCGAAAAAUCAGUUUGAAGGUAAUCUAACUAGAAUGCUGAAAUGGGGAAAUAUUGAAUUUCUUGACCUCAGCCAAAACCGUUUGACUGGAAACAUCCCUGAGGUUACAGCUCAGUUUCUGCGUUUAUAUCACCUCAACCUUUCACACAAUAUCCUUACAGGAUCUCUCCCAAAAGUUAUCACACAGUUUCCUAAGACCACUGUCCUUGAUCUCAGUUUCAACCAGUUUGAUGGGCCUCUCCUUACUUCUCUACUAACUCUGCCCACUAUUGAAGAACUUCACCUACAAAACAAUGCACUUGUUGGAAGCAUUGAUUUCUCUCCUACGGCUAGUACUUCUAAGCUUCGUGUUCUAGAUCUUUCUCAUAAUCAGUUCGCUGGUGAUUUCCCGGAUGGAUUUGGGUCAUUGACUGCACUUCAAGUACUAGAUAUAUCAGGAAAUAAUUUCUCUGGAUCUCUGCCAACUUCCAUGGGUAAUGUUAGCUCUCUUAUUUCUUUAGACAUUUCAGAGAAUCAUUUCACCAGACAACUGCCAAAAAACCUGCCUAACAGCCUCCAAAGCUUUAAUGCAUCACUCAAUGACUUAUCUGGUGUCGUGCCUGAGAACUUGAGAAAAUUUCCCUUAUCAUCUUUCUACCCAGGAAACUCUCAACUUCAAUUUCCAAACCCUCCCUCAGGAUCUGGUCAAGCUUCAUCAGGAAGUCAUAAGAGCAGGCAACUUAAAACUAUUAUCAAAGUGGUGAUCAUUGUUGCUUGUAUGGUUGUUCUUGUUAUUAUAAUCUUGCUAGCCAUUUUUGUAUUCUACUUACGGGCAUCAAGGAAAUCUCAGGCACAUGUUAGCGACAAAGACAUGCGCCGUCAAACCCAGUCAAAUCCUUCUGGUUUUAGCAGUAGAGAAGGUGCUGGUGGUGCAGCACAAGAUCUUACGGCUUCACGGAAAGCAUCAUCAUCAGAAAUAAUUAGUCCUGACGAGAAAAUGACAGCUGUAACUGGUUUCUCCCCUUCAAAAGCUAGUCAUUUCACAUGGUCACCAGGGUCAGGUGAUUCAUAUACUGCCGAAAGCCUUGCAAGACUGGAUGUGAGGUCUCCAGAUAGUCUGGCUGGAGAGCUCUACUUCCUUGAUGAUACAAUCUCUUUUACAGCUGAGGAACUAUCUAGGGCCCCAGCUGAAGUCUUAGGCAGAAGCAGCCAUGGGACAUCUUACAGGGCAACACUAGAUAAUGGGUGGCUCUUGACUGUAAAAUGGCUAAGAGAAGGAGUGGCGAAACAGAGAAAGGAGUUCACAAAGGAGGCUAAAAAGUUCGCCAAUAUUAGACAUCCAAAUGUGGUGGGAUUAAGAGGUUAUUACUGGGGUCCCACACAACAUGAGAAGCUUAUUCUUUCAGAUUACAUAUCUCCUGGAAGUCUAGCAAGUUUUCUUUAUGAUCGACCUGGAAGAAAGGGUCCUCCCCUAACGUGGCCCCAAAGAAUCAAAAUAUCAGUUGAUAUUGCGCGUGGCCUGAAUUAUCUCCAUUUUGACCGUGAGGUUCCUCAUGGAAACCUCAAAGCAACCAACAUCUUGUUGGAUGGUCCUGAUCUUAAUGCAAAAGUUGCUGAUUACUGCCUUCACCGCCUUAUGACUCAAGCGGGGACAAUAGAACAGAUUCUUGAUGCUGGCGUGUUGGGUUAUCGUGCACCAGAGUUGGCUGCGUCCAAGAAACCACUGCCUUCCUUCAAAUCAGAUGUAUAUGCUUUUGGAGUCAUUUUGUUGGAGCUCCUAACUGGGAAAUGUGCAGGUGAUGUUGUUUCGGGUGAAGAUGGUGGAGUGGACUUGACCGAUUGGGUAAGGUUGAAGGUGGCAGAAGGUGGAGGAUCCAAUUGUUUUGAUAAUGCAUUGUCACCCCAGAUGGGAAAUCCAGCAAUGGAGAAGCAAAUGAAGGAGGUUCUUGCAAUAGCUCUACGCUGCAUACGUUCUGUAUCCGAGAGGCCUGGUAUCAAGACUGUAUAUGAGGACCUUUCAUCUAUAUAGUUUUUUCUGGUGAAUAAAUGUUUUUGGCUU